AUGUUUGAUGAAACUGCAGCUGAUGAGUCACCAAGUGCAUUUAAAUAUGAUAAACACAAAUUUCGCGUCAGUGUCUAUCAAGUUGUAAUUGAUACUGCAUUUACACAAAUUAGUGCAAGGUUUGUUGAUUCAAAUAAAAUUAAGCAAGAUACUUCAAACUUGGACCCUAGACAUUUUAAAAGAAUAAAUGAAGAUGUGAUGGUGAUUCUAUAAGAAGCUUUACAGUCUCUGGCAAAAACGAGUAGUCUUGAACGAGAUGUUUAAUUAAUAUCUUUUGUAUCCAAUUAACAUAAUAUAGAGUAUAAAUCAUACGUGACUGCAGUUGAAUCAGAAAAUUCCAACUCUUAUUCUGAUUCAGAAAAUGAUGAAGACAUUUUAACACUUUGUUCCACUGAUAAAAAGUUUAAAAAGUGCAAUCCAUAUGUAAUUAAAUCAUUACAAGAUUUUAAUUUACAUAGUAGUGUUUCAGAUUUAUUUAUUGCAUAUGGAACUUUGUUAACACUUUCUUUUAUCCAAGUCUCAUGUGAACGUUCUUUCUCUAAACUUAAGAUUUUUAAAACUCAACACAGAUCACUUAUUGGUCAAGACUUGUUAGAAUCCUUUAUCUUAAUAAAUUCUGAGGCAGAUAUUAUUUCCAAAUGGAACUAUGAAGACAUUAUCGAUGAGUUUGCAUAUACAUCUAAUGAAAUGAAACAAUUGUUAUUUAAGACUUAA